AUGAUUGAGGCGGCUUCAGCGACCAUCAAUGCAAUGAUUGACGGCACGGCAGCGACGCUGCUCGUAGUGUACCCCCACGGCGUCCGGGAAAAGGACCUCAAGCCCACUUUGCUCGUUAUCAAGGAUUGGUUCAUUGUGUUCAAUAGAAACACUGGUGACAUUGAAGGAAAGCUCCCGAGUUCAACUGCAUCAUACCCUGUGGCAGUUAUAUUGGUGAUGGGAUACCUUCAUCCAUCCUCGAAUAGCCCGAACGAGCGCGUGCACAUCACAGGCCGCCUCAGUACUGCCAGCGCAUGGGCCCUCAACCCAAGGGAGAACGACAGCUGUGUGCACAUCUAUGCGAAGAACAGCGCACUCGUGGGAGGAUAUGAUAGUUGGCUCCUGAAGAAGAAGAACAAGAGCAAGCUGUCCAGCCCAAAUAUUCAGGUGAAGGUGGAGGCGGCGCUAAAUGAGCAUCGUGGGGUGCUGGGGCAGGGGGACCUGGCUUGA